AUGCCUGGCCUCACUACAGCUGCACCUUUCCCUGAUGAUGUACCUACCCAUCCACUUUGUGUUGUUGAUUAUAGGCUCCUCAAGCACAAUGAUAGAAAUGAAAUAGCAAAACUCUGGAAGGCAGCGACUGAACUAGGAUUCUGGUACUUGGGAAAUCAUGGCGUAGAGCGAGAAGUCGAUCUGAUGUUUGACAUGGGUGCAGAGACCCUCGACUUACCUUUGCACGAACUCAUGAAGUAUGAGCAGGGCGACAGUGGCAACUCAUUUGGGUACAAGGCGCGGGGCACCAUCCAAACGGAUGCGAGCGGAACCCGAGACAAUGUUGAAUUUCUCAAUAUUGCGCAGGACGACGUACUCUCUUGGCCAUUCCCAACCCAUCGCAUGUAUCCUUCUACGGUCAACGCAAGGAUGUCCGACGCCAUCGUUCCUUUCGUUCGAAAAUCGAUGGAGGUCAACAAUACGUUACUUGCUAUAUUUGAGCGACAGCUGGACCUUCCUAGCGGGGAGCUUGCCAAACUGCACUCCACAGAAGAGCCUUGCGGGAGCGAGGCUCGUUGUAUCAAGACACCUCCAAGCCAGUCAGCAACAGGGGUAGGCGCUCAUACAGACUUUGGGACACUGACAUUUUUACACAACCGCCUUGGGGGUCUACAGGUCAUGCCUCCAGGAACGCCGAAAUGGCUGUACAUCAAGCCUCUUCCUGGACAUGCCAUCUGUAACAUUGGCGACGCCUUGUCAAUUUUCAGCGGAGGUAUUCUACAAUCCAGCCUCCAUCGUGUCAUGCCCCCACCCGGCGCGCAAUCGCGCUUCGAAAGGUAUUCAAUAGCAUUUUUCACCCGGCCGCGGGACUCUGUGGUCCUCCGCGCGUUGAAAGAACACAGCCACGUCGUCGCAGGGGCUUGUGCCCGGGCACCUCCGAGAGCGGUGGACACGGGUUCAACGUCGGCUGAAUGGAUUUCCAGGAGGAUAAAGAAGCUCAGGCUCAAUAAUCGAAAGGGACCUGAAACAUGGUAUGCCAGCAUGGGGACGGAACACAAUGGGUCGGAACGAAGAAUACGGCCAACCGUGGCAUGA